AUGGCUGCCUCUAUCUCAUACUCCAAAAUGGCUCAGCAUAUUCCAUGGGAAAUUACCGUAACGGACCACCCUGGGUCCUCGGAGCAAGAUAUCAAGGAUGAGCCGGACUGGGCUAAACUCCAUUCUCAUGCUAUCGGCUUCAAAAACCACGAUGGACGCCGUCCAGGCUUUGCGCACUCCCACCACCAAGAGGAGAUCGAGAUCUCGCGGCGGAUGAUGGAAGAUUUGUCUCAGAAAGUGUCCACGGGAGAGUUGGUCAACUUUCGUGAUCUGAUCGAGAGCCAAGAAGAUUUCCAUCUGCGGUACCCGGACAACCGAUCCCUGGGCUGGCGCUACGUCCUGGAGACGACAGAGGACUGGGUCAAGAACCAGCAGAAUUGGCCGGCGAAUGUCGAGAAGAGAAAAAAGCAGGAAGAGGAAAAAAAGAAGAAAGGAGAGGGGGACGAUACAUCAAAAAAGGAUGGCAAGGGUGAUGAGCAAGGAAAGCCGCAAGAGGACCAGAAAGACUCCGAGAAAGAGAAAGAACCCGAUCUCGAUCCCCAAGAACGGUCUUUACUCGCAGCCAUUGAGCGCGAUGCCCGCACCAGGGCCUCCUUAAAGGUCAACGACGGCAAGCAAAAGAGCCCACAAACCCACAACCGCUCUUCUAUCACCAUCGAGGAGCAAGACCAGUUCACCCCCGACAACUGGCUCCCUCGCUGCCCCGACCUGAUCCGGCUCACCGGCAAACACCCCAUGAACGCCGAGCCCACCAUCACGCGCCUCCACGAAGGCGGCCUGAUCACCCCUAACGAGCUGCACUACAUCCGCAACCACGGCGCGGUCCCGCGCCUCCUCUGGGAAUUCCACCGCCUCGACGUCACGCACAACAACAUAACCCUCUCCCUCACCAUGGACCAGCUCAAGACGCGCUAUGCCGCCUCCACCAUCAACAUCCCCAUCGUCAUGGCCUGCGACGGCAACCGGCGCAAGGAGCUCAACCUGCUCCGCAAAACCAAGGGCGCCAACAACGCCGCCGGCUCCGUCGGCUGCGCCUACUGGAAGGGCCCCACCCUCCGCUCCGUGCUCCUCUCCGCCGGCGUGCCCGACCCCACCACUACCACCACCACCACCACAGACACACCCACCUGGGUCCACUUCGCCGGCGCCGACACCCUCAGCGGCGGCACGUACGAAACCUGCCUCCCGCUCGCGCACGCCAUGGACGCCGGGCGGGACGUGCUGCUGGCGACGCACAUGAACGACGUGCCGCUGCCGCCGGACCACGGCUACCCGGUGCGGCUGAUGGUGCUCGGGUCACGUGGGCGGGCGGUGGAGGUGGCGUUGGCGGACUUGGUGAGGGCGCCGAGUGUCAUAGUGAGGUGCUCGGAUGCGGGCAAGAAUAUGCAGCCGAGGGAUUUCAAGUGGAAUAUCUUGGGCAUGAUGAACAAUUCGUGGUAUACCGUCAAGACGGAGACGGUGCAGGACGAGAAGGACGGGAGUCCGGCGGUGGUGUUCCGGCACCCAACCGAGGCCGCUGCUGGGGAAGGGAGAUAG